AUGAUUGACUAUGUAAUAGAAAGUCCUAAUCACUGUGGUACGAAGAGAGGAAGAGAUGGAAUCAAACGUCACCGCUGUGAGCACUGUGACAGAUCCUUCACAACAUCUGGAUAUUUGAAGAUUCAUCUGAGACUUCACACUGGAGAGAAACCGUACAGCUGUGACCAGUGUGGGAAAACUUUUACUGCAUCAGGUGCCCUAAAAAAACACCAACGUGUUCACACUGGAGAGAAACCACACAGGUGUGAACAGUGUGGAAAAACUUUCACUGCAUCAGGCCACCUAAAGGAGCACCAACGUGUUCACACUGGAGAGAAACCGUACUGGUGUGAACUGUGUGGGAACGCUUUCACUACAUCAGGUGUCCUAAAACAACACCAACGUGUUCACACUGGAGAGAAACCGUACAGGUGUGAACAGUGUGGAAAAACUUUUGCUGCACUAGAUAACCUAAAAACCCACCACCGUGUUCACACUGGAGAGAAACCGUACUGGUGUGAACAGUGUGGAAAAACUUUUGCUGCAUCAGGUCAACUAAAAACCCACCAACGUGUUCAUAAUGAAAAGAGACCAUACUGGUGUGAACAGUGUGGAAAAACUUUCACUCAAUCAGGUCACUUAAAAAUCCACCACCGUGUUCACACUGGAGAGAAACCGUAUUGGUGUGAGCAGUGUGGAAAAACUUUCUUUAAAUCAGGUGCCCUAAAAAUCCACCAACGUGUUCACACUGGAGAGAAACCGUACUGGUGUGAACAGUGUGGAAAAACUUUCUCUAAAUCAGGUGACCUAAAA